CUGUCACAAAACACAAAUAUAGUAUCUAUGUUUAUCUGGGGAACAAUAACAAAUUGUUUUUAACAAAAAAUAGUGAGAAUUUGGGAAAAACGGGGAAAAUAAUAUAUAUACCUAUUUUAAUUAAAAAGAUAAUAUUUUUAAAGUAAUGGAUGAAUAUUGCCGGAUUUGUUUGCAAAAUUUAGUGGAAGUUAAUAAAGUGCAUAUUUCAAACCAAAUUUCUUUGGCUAAAUCAGUUGUACAAGCUAUUGCAGAUAUAGGAGCAGUUGAGGUAUUACUAGAUGAUCCCCUGCCAAAAUACCUUUGCUCAAAUUGUUAUCAGCAACUUUUGACUCUACAUGACUUCCGUGAACUAAUUAUUUCUUCCGACAAACAUUUAAAACAAAAUUUGGAUGUACUCACUAACAAAACUGUGAAGACAGAAAAAUCCACCCUUCCAAUUCUCAUAUGUAAUGAAAGCAAUUACUUUUGUUUAGAAAAUGCUCUCAAAGAGCUUAAGCCAGAAGAAGGAUCACCACAAAUUAUACAUCUGCAAGGCAACAACGAAUCGGAAGAAAACGAUAGGAGCAAAGAAAUUCCACAGCAAAUCUCUCUACAGAUAGAAUUUAUUUAUGAAAAAGACCGAACUGAUUCGGAAAUCCAAGGCGCUGAUAUAAUUGUGCAUAGAACUCAAGAGAUGAAGACUUCAAUAGAAAAACAAAAAAAACCCAGGAAAAGAAAGAGACACGAAUUUAAGUGCGAUAUAUGCCAAAAAGUCUUAUAUGGAUGUUCGAAUCGUUUGGAGCAGCACAUUAUUAUGGCUCACUCUGAUAUUAAAAAGUUUGAAUGUGAGACAUGCGGUAAAAAGUUUAAAAAUAGACAGCAGCUAAAUAAUCAUAAUAGAGUGCAUACGGGAGAAAAACCCUACGAGUGUGAUGUUUGUAAAUUGAAAUUUACCUCUUUACAAAAUCUAUUUAACCAUAAAAAGAAGCACACAGAUAAAUAUAAGAUCUACAAAUGUAACAGUUGUGACAAGAGCUACCCUACACCAGGAGAGCUCCAAAAUCAUCAGAGGGUGGUUCAUACAGGGGAAAAACCAUUUCUUUGUGAGAUUUGCAGUAAUUCUUUUGGUAGUGCUCGGAAUUUGGGGUUGCAUAUUAGAUCUGUACAUGAAAAGAAUGAGAAAUGUCCCAAAUGUGGUCUUAUGCUCAGUAGUGUGACAUAUAAACAGCAUAUGCAAAAACAUCAGGAUAAAGAAGAUGGAAUUAAGAGAUAUACCUGUGAAACUUGUGGGAAAAGCUUCUUUAGUCCUGACAUGUUGAAAAGGCAUCGUCUUGUGCAUACUGGAGAAAAACCACACUCUUGUAAGAUUUGCAACAAAUCUUUUGCACAAAAAUAUGCAGUGGAAACCCACAUGAAGACCCACAGUGAUGUCAGAAGCUUUUCGUGUUCCCUAUGUGCCAAGACUUUUAAAUAUAAACAGCAUUUGCAAAAACAUGUGACGAAGAUUCAUGGAGAUUAUGGGGAAAGAGUGUUGAAUCAAAGUUGUACUAAUAAAACGUCUACGAAAACCGAGUAAGGAGAGUAUAUGAAUAUUAUAGGGUUAAGUGCAAUAAUUUAAUGUAAACGUUGUUUAAAAUAAGCAAUUUCAAUUUUUUAACACUAUUUUUCUAAUUAAGUCGAAAUUUUAAAAUGUAAGUCUACACGUAAGCUUUUUUUACCAAUUUUUCUCAUGUGCUCCUUUUUCGUUGUUUUGAAAUAUGUAUUAAAUAUACAUUAUGAUCCUUCUACACUUACCUACUAUAAAUACACCUUCAAAUAGUAAAAUUUUUGUAGGCAACAUCUUUAUUAAUUCAAUUUGGUUGUUGUUAUGUUAUCUAUAGAGGAAUUUAAUUUUAAUAUAUCAAAUUUACCUGUUACCAGUAUUAUUUUAAAAUAAAUAUUAUAAAUGUUUAA